AUGAAAGGAAUUCCAGAUCACAAUCACGGUCGUGAGCCAAUGGCGCUGCGGUGCAAUCACGUUUUGUGCAAACGUUGUCUGGAGCGUGUGAUCAAUCAAGACAAAAGCGGCACCAUGCAAAAAAGUUGCCCCUUCUGCAAUCAACAAUUCGAAAGUGAUGAUGUGAGCGCGAGUAAUUCGAUGACAAGCUUCAUCGAUGGGUUGCCAGCAAUGAAUGAGCAACUGAAAAGGAUGCAGGCGGAGGCUGAACCGAAGAGAAUUCCAAUGAGACAAUGCGUUGAAUGCGAGAAAAGACUCAAACGUCCCACAUCGGAGGCCCGAAAGAGAUUGGAGAUUCAAUUCGCCCCCUACAUGCAAAUCUUACCCUAUCUUCACGAGGAGUUGCAAAAGAAAAUUGGCGAACUUGAAGAGAAAAUCCUCAACAACGUCUCAACUGAGCUCGUCGAGAUCGAGAUCGAGCUGAAAUACUUUUGGGAAAAUGGGAAAAGAUUUCGAGCAACUCUCCGAGGAGUACAUCCCGCAUCUCAGAGGAUACAUCAACAAGCUGAAUCAAAUAAUCGGCGGAUUCGAGGAAGAGUUCGACCCAAAAGGCAGCGAUUUGGAUUU